AUGCCCCUCCAUGUCAAGCUAUUCUUAAACAGGUCCAUCUUCACUUUGGGUCGUUUAGCUACGAUGACUCCCAAAAUGGGCAACCGGGUAACCGGCCAAAAUUUUUCAAGAAGAGUUUCGAGGUUUUUCGAUGAACCAUCAUCUAUCGUUAUGAACAAACCCCUUCGAGUGAGGUUUCUCUACUAUUCAGAUAAGCAUUUCAUUCCGCUAGAUCGUCUCCCAGAUAUACAAUCUAUACUUGAAUUGAAAAUGGCUACUGAACAACCAAAAUUAGUCUGUCUAGGUAAUCCAUUAUUGGAUCUACAAGCUGAUGUUACCUCCGAAUACCUUGCCAAGUACGAUCUAAAGGCUAAUGAUGCCAUCCUUGUGGAUGCUGCCUCCGGAGAUGCCAAGAUGGCUAUUUUCGACGAAGUCAUUACUUUCAAAGAUGUUAAAUUUGUCGCUGGUGGUGCUGCCCAAAACACUGCUAGAGGUGCCGCUUACGUUUUAGGUAAGGGCCAAGUCGGUUAUUUUGGUUCUGUCGGUGAAGACAAGUUCUCUGCCAUGUUGUUGGAAGAAAAUGACAAGGCCGGUGUUGUAUCCAUGUACCAAGUGCAAAAGGAUAUCGGAACUGGUAAGUGUGCCGCUUUGAUUACCGGUCAUGAUAGAUCUUUAGUCACUGAUUUGGGUGCAGCUAAUCAUUUCAAGCCUGAGCAUUUGGAUAAACACUGGUCUGUCGUGGAAUCUGCUAAAUUGUUUUACAUCGGUGGGUUCCAUUUGACUGUGUCUCCAGAAGCCAUUGUGAAAUUGGGGAAGCAUGCCAAGGAAACUGGUAAACCAUUUGUCAUAAAUCUAAGUGCCCCAUUUAUCCCACAAUUUUUCAAGGCUGCCUUAGAACAAGUCUUACCUUAUGCUACCAUCGUCAUCGGUAACGAAUCUGAAGCUGCUUCCUAUGCUGAAUCUUUCGGCUUAACUUGUGAUAAGGAUGAUUUGGAAUCCAUUGCCAAGCAUAUCGUUGGUGACUCUAAAACUAAAACUGUUAUCUUUACUCAUGGAUUGGAACCAACCGUUGCUGUCUCUGCUAAAGCCACCACCUCCUACGCUGUUAAACCAUUAGCCAAGGAAAACAUUGUUGACACUAAUGGUGCCGGAGAUGCCUUCGCCGGUGGGUUUAUGGCUGGUUUGGCUCAAGAUAAGUCUUUAGAGACCUGUAUCGAUAUGGGUCAAUGGUUGGCCUCCUUAUCUAUUCAAGAAAUUGGCCCAUCUUAUCCUGCCUCUAAGGUGGAAUACCAAGCUUGA